AUAGGAAAAUAAUUAAUCAGGUAAUGAGAUCAUUAUUCUGCAGUUACUAUAUAGGCAGAGCCCAUCCAUCCAACAACAGUUUUAUUCUUCUUCUUGGAAAGGAAAAUUAGAUUGAUGGCUGUUAACUGUAUAAUUUCUUCAACUCAAAUCCCAAUUCAGAAAUACAGAUCAUUUCUCAAGUACCCAAACAGAGAUUUGAAUUUUAUUUCCAAACGCAGCUUUGUCCCACUGAAAGAGGCAUCAUUACUGAGGAUCAAAGCAUCCAUCAGCAACAAGGUCUAUGAAGAUGAAUCCCAGGGUAUAGUCUGCUAUCAAGAUGAGCAUGGAGAAAUAGUUUGUGAAGGGUAUGAUGAAGGACCUUGUUUUAAAAGAAUUUCAAAGCCAUCCUAUCAUCCAAGUCCAAGAGGUUGUGCUGAUCAGCUCAGAGAUUCCCAAAUAACAAAUCUUCUGCUUCGACAAAGUUGGGUCCAGAUUGUUAAAGGGGAUGAACUCAGUAAUGCAGUAGUUGAAGGUAUGAGUCUGCAGGAGGACUUAAACUGCAAUGGUUCUAACUCAUUCUGCUAAUUAAUUAAUCUCCUGAAUCUGAUAUUAGAAUGAAUAUCGCUAAAAACAGACUGGAUCUGGAUGGUGAAUCAACUAGCUAGCUAGCACAUGUGCGAUCCAUGGUCUUAUUUAUUUCUUGCAAGUUGUCCGGGUUCAUAGUGACAAUGUGUUUGAACAAUUGAGUUGUAUAUAUAUAUAUAUAUAUAUAUAUAGUAUUAGUAUUGUGAAAAUGAUGAUGACUUCCUAGUCACAUAGCAAUAAAUUUGUCUGUAUGUCUUUGUGAUCUAAAA